AUGCCGGAGAUGAACUGCUCCCUCGCUGCUCUUUCCAGAUUUGCCGGCACAGUUUUCAGUGACGUUGGGUGCCCUGAGGUUCUUGUGUUGUGUGGAAUGAAUAUCUCCUGGGUGUUAGCUAAUGUUACUGAACAAGAUCGAGAGGACAUGUGUUUGAGUGAGGACGAGUACCUGGCUAGGCACCUGGGGCCCCUGAGGUCCCCUGUGUUCCUUCCCGUCUGUGUCACCUAUCUCAUCAUCUUCAUGGUGGGCAUUGUGGGCAAUUCACUGACCUGCACUGUCAUUUUGCGCCACAGGGUGAUGCAGACGCCCACCAACUACUACCUGCUGAGCCUGGCGGUGUCUGACCUGCUGGUGCUGCUGCUGGGCAUGCCAUUAGAGCUCUAUGAGCUGUGGCAGAACUACCCCUUCCUCUUUGGGGAAGGGGGCUGCUACUUCAAAACCUUCCUGUUUGAGACCGUCUGCUUCGCCUCCAUUCUCAAUGUCACAGCACUCAGCGUGGAGCGCUACGUGGCGGUGGUGCACCCUCUCAAAGUCAAACACAUGACCACACGUGCUCACGUCAAGAGGGUCAUUGUCAUGCUGUGGCUGCUGUCCAUGCUGUGUGCUGUGCCAAACACCAGUCUGCAUGGGAUUGUGGUGCUGGAUCCGUGGUUUGGACGACAGUUUCCCCGGUCUACUAUUUGCCAUGUGAUUAAGCCCACUUGGAUGUACAACCUGAUUAUCCUGAUUUCUACGGUGGCCUUCUUCCUUCUUCCCAUGCUGAUAAUAAGCAUUCUCUACCUGCUCAUUGGACUGCGUCUGCGCAGGGAGAGGAUGAUAACUGUGGUGGACACCAGGUGCAGCUUUGGACCAGAGAGUCUCUCCAGGUCCCAAGAGAAAAAACUGAGCAAACGCAACCUGCAAGUCACCAAAAUGCUGUGUGUACUGGUGGUUGUGUUCGGCCUUUGCUGGGCUCCCUUCCACGUGGACCGCUUGGUGUGGAGCUACAUCAACCCCUCGUCGGAGCAGCACCUCCAGGUCUUUGGGACCAUCCACAUUGUCUCCGGAGUCUUCUUUUACCUGAGCUCUGCCAUCAACCCCAUCCUCUACAACCUCAUGUCCACAAGGUUCAGAGAAAUGUUCAGUAAGUUUACUUGUUAUUCUAACAGCUGGUCAUCACGCUCCAGUGUACAGAUGACACAACGCAGCACUGUGAGUGAGAAAUUGUCCAGCAAUGAGAAAUGAACUUAGUCUGAGUCAAAGGAAGUCAGAGAGCAUUAUGGAUGGUGACAAAUUGUUGUGAAAUUGGGUUAGGCUACAUAUCUUCUGGAUUAUACAGUUACCAAAUCUCAUUGCUACUAACUGCCACCAUCACCAACACACCAAAUGAGGGAAUGUCUUUCGGAAGAAUGUUCAUCGCUGCAGUCGAGCACAGAGACUUGACGAAC